UUAGGCUGGAUGUUGAAUCAAAAACAUUGUAAUUACUUUUAAAUAUGCAGGAACUUAAUACAUCUCUGAAAUUUAUGAAAAAGCAAGCUAAAUCUAAACGGAUUUAAAAUUGAACAAUGCAAACAUAUAUAACAGUAAAAAUAAUGAUGGAAUGGCUCCGACGCAAAUUGGCCGACGAGUGACGCCGCCGUCUCUUUCGGUUGAGAGCGUUCAACAUACAGCUAGCCUUAAACAUAUAACAUCUAAGAAUCAUACUACUGUGCUCGCCUGUCACUUCCGCCAUUUACGACAGUGUCGUAUUCAAAGUUAUCACUGUGCAUUCGUCGAGUAAAAUACGAAUUCCAGCUGUAACAUAACAGCCAUGGCUUCACGAGCAGGGCCACGAGCUACGGGAACAGAUGGUAGUGACUUCGAACACAGGGAGCGAGUAGCCUCACACUACCAGAUGAGUGUGGCCCUGAAGUCAGAAAUCCGUAAGCUUAACAUCGUCCAUUUGCUGGUCUGGGUGCUGAUGGCAGCUCAGGUGACAGUCAGCCAACUGAGUCUUGUGUCCCACAAAAUGAUCGCCUCACCAUACCAGUGGGAAUACCCGUACCUCCUCAGUGUUAUUCCCACCGCAUUUAGUUUCAUGGCUUUGCCACGUAACAACAUUAGCUACCUGGUUAUUUCCAUGAUAAGCGCCGGGCUUUUCUCAGUGGCACCUCUUAUCUACGGCAGCAUGGAGAUGUUCCCUUUUGCGCAGCAGUUGUAUCGACAUGGCAAAGCCUACCGUUUCAUCUUUGGUUUCUCUGCGGUAUCAGUCAUGUAUCUGGUGAUCGUCAUUUCCGUGCAGGUGCACGGCUGGCAGAUCUACUACAGCAAGAAACUACUGGACCAGUGGUUCACCAGCACACAGGAGAAGAAGAAAAAAUAAGUUUACACAAAACAAAUGGAGACAGGUCUGUGUGAUGUCCUUGGGCAGAAAAACUGAGAAUAUGAAUAUUCGGUUAUAUAACAAUGAACUACAGUAAGGGAAAGAUUGAGUGAUUGGUUGUGGACUGAUGCAGCCAUAUCUGUAAGGCCAGAUCAGAUUCCACAAGAUUUAUAUUUUAUCUGCUUUGUUUUUCCUAACAUUCUAUGCCUGGACUCAACUGCCUUUGAUGCAUACAUGAAACCUGGCAUUUCAUCAUUCACUAAAAUAAACUGUUGACCUUUU